AUGAGCCAAGUUUGCAGCAGCCUGAAAGUUGCACAUAGACCCUGUAGUGAGAGGGAUCAGACAGAGAUGAUAGUCCAGACUUUAUCAGAGGAAGAGUGUGUCUUCUGGAAAGGGGAGACGAUGGCAAAUGUACAGUCCGCUGUAACGUUUGCAGUGUCUAUCCUUUUGAUAACAGAGCUGAUACUGGCAAAGAAGGACUACUAUGACAUACUGGGUGUGCCCAAGGAUGCCUCUGAGAGACAGAUAAAAAAAGCUUUCCAUAAACUUGCCAUGAAAUAUCAUCCUGAUAAAAAUAAAAGUCCAGAUGCUGAGGCAAAAUUCAGGGAAAUUGCAGAAGCUUAUGAAACUUUAUCGGAUGACUCCAAAAGAAGAGACUAUGACCAGUUUGGCUCUGCAUACUUCUCUGGACCAUCACAAAGUUAUCGAAGAUCAAACUCAUAUCAACCUUUCAGUUUCAACUUUGAUGACAUGUUCAAAGACUUUGACAUCCACAGUCAGAACAGACACGCGCGGCACAGAAGGCAUUUUGAUCAUCACUCCCGCUUCCACAAAGAGAAGCACAAGAGGCACUUUCAUGGAGGCUUUGGUGGAGGUGUCUUUGACGAUGUGUUUGAGAACAUGGAGAAGAUGUUCACUUUUGAAAGACAUGAUAAGCAAACUCAAAGCAGAUUUCACGGCACAUCAAAGCAGCAUUGUCGGACAGUGACACAGCGUAAAGGAAACAUGCUCAUGGAGGCUCUUAUCCCUGUCAUCAACAAACUACAAGAUGUUUUUAACACGGUGGGCGCGGAUGUCAUUCAGUUACCACAGAUAGUAGUUGUGGGGACUCAGAGCAGUGGAAAGAGCUCUGUUUUGGAGAGCCUGGUUGGGAAGGACAUUCUUCCCCGAGGUACUGGUAUUGUCACACGCAGACCCCUCAUUCUACAACUGGUGCAUAUAGACUCCGAUGACAGCCGGAAAACCACAGAAGAGAAUGGUAUCGAUGGGGAUGAGUGGGGCAAAUUUCUUCACACCAAGAAUAAGAUCUACACAGACUUCAAUGAAAUCCGACAUGAAAUUGAAUUGGAAACUGAAAGAAUAUCUGGAAUUAACAAGGGCAUUAGUGAUGAACCCAUUCACUUGAAAAUAUUCUCACCUCAUGUUGUGAAUCUUACGUUAGUGGACCUUCCUGGUAUUACCAAGGUUCCAGUGGGAGACCAGCCCAAAGACAUUGAGAUUCAGAUCAAAGAUUUGAUCUUCAAAUACAUUUCCAACCCAAACUCAAUCAUACUGUCCGUGACAGCGGCCAACACAGACAUGGCAACAUCGGAGUCCUUAAAGGUGGCUCGAGAGGUGGAUCCAGAUGGCAGAAGGACAUUGGCCGUGGUCACAAAGUUGGACUUGAUGGAUGCAGGGACAGAUGCCAUGGAUGUGUUGUUGGGCCGCGUCAUACCUGUCAAACUUGGCAUUAUUGGAGUGGUCAAUAGGAGUCAACUGGACAUUAAUCAAAAAAAGGUAGUAGCAGAUUCAAUCCGUGAUGAACAUGCUUUUCUUCAAAAGAAAUACCCCUCACUCGCUAACAGAAAUGGCACCAAGUACCUGGCCCGCACGUUGAACAGGUUACUUAUGCACCACAUCAGAGACUGCCUUCCUGAGCUAAAGGCCAGGAUCAAUGUGUUGGCAUCCCAGUACCAGUCCCUGCUAAACGGCUAUGGUGAACCUGUAGAAGACCAGAGCUCCACGCUACUGCAGCUCAUUACCAAGUUUGCUGCAGAGUACUGCAACACGAUAGAGGGCACAGCCAAGUACAUAGAGACUACUGAACUAUGUGGUGGAGCACGAAUCUGUUACAUUUUCCAUGAGACGUUCGGUCGAACACUCGAGUCUGUGGAUCCUUUGGGUGGUUUAACCACAAUUGAUGUUCUCACAGCAAUCAGAAAUGCCACAGGCCCAAGACCUGCUUUAUUUGUACCAGAGAUUUCGUUUGAGUUGCUUGUGAAGAGGCAGAUCAAGCGUUUGGAGGAGCCCAGUCUGCGCUGUGUGGAGCUGGUGCAUGAGGAGAUGCAGAGGAUCAUACAGCACUGCAGCAACUACAGCACACAGGAGUUGCUGAGGUUUCCAAAGCUUCAUGAUGCCAUUGUAGAGGUCGUCACAUCACUCCUUAGAAAGCGACUCCCCGUCACCAAUGAAAUGGUUCAUAACUUGGUUGGUAUUGAGUUGGCCUACAUCAACACCAAACAUCCAGAUUUUGCUGAUGCCUGCGGACUGAUGAACAAUAAUAUCGAAGAGCAAAGACGUAACAGAAUGAGAGAACUGCCUUCCGCUGUGCCUAGAGACAAGUCUCUUAAAAGCCCUGGUGGGCAGUCCGUCUCUCCCACUGAGUCUCUGGACAGUGAGGCCUACAAGGCAGCAGCAGGCGGCUCUCAGAGCAGCUCUUUGAGUGAAUCUAGUGAUGGUGGCUCAGGCGGCUGGAGGGGGAUGCUGAAGAGAGAAGAAGGAACCACUGCUCCUCUUGCAUCAAGUCCACAGAAGGGCUAUGCGGUCAACCUGCUGGACGUGCCUGUUCCUGUAUCUAGAAAACUGUCGGCCCGCGAACAGCGAGACUGUGAAGUGAUCGAGCGCCUUAUCAAGUCAUACUUUCUUAUUGUGCGCAAAAACAUUCAGGACAGUGUCCCGAAGGCCGUGAUGCACUUCCUGGUGAACCACGUGAAGGACUGCCUGCAGAGUGAGUUGGUGGGACAGUUGUACAAAGCCUCUCUGCUCGGAGACCUGCUCACAGAGUCUGAGGACAUGGCCCAGCGGCGCAGCGAAGCCGCCGACAUGCUCAAGGCGUUGCAGAAAGCCAGCCAGGUGAUCGCAGAGAUCCGAGAAACGCAUCUUUGGUGA